AGCCUGCCGAGCAGGUUCACCAGCUAGUUCCCAGUUGUCUUUCAUCGACGUAACAUUGAGAGUGUUCUGUUAGUGAUGUGGUGUCUGUUCGAGCACAAGUAAAUAUUACCCAUAGUAAAUAUGUAAAUUAUCUUCUCACCAUCACUAUUCAAACUCCUCGUACACGUAAUAAGUAGUAAAUUUAGUGGAAAGGGUUCCAUUCGGUUUAAAAAUAAUUCUUACGCAGGCGCGAUUACUAUUAUCUUCUUCGACUACGAUAAAGAUGAAAAACACUUGAAAAGGUGCUACAUCAUAAAGUAUUGAAGUGUUUUUUACCCAUCAUCAUUUCGGAGAUAAAGAUAAAUAAACUUUCUAAGAAUUCGAAAAUCGAAAGAAGUUUCAAAACUUUUAACACUACGAAAUUCCAGGACUUCAAAAUUUUAGAGAAUUCCAAAACUUUCAAAAAUUUCAACAGCAAAAACUUAUAAAAAUCCCAAGAAUCAAAAUUUUUAUAAUAAGAUAUAUCAAAACUUUGACAAUUUGAGAAUACUUCCAAGACCCAAGGAUUGGAAAAGUUUGGUGGUUCAAAAUUUGACAAAAUUUCAAGAUAACUAAAAUCAAAUUCAAGUUCAACUAUUUCAUCAUUAACACUUGGUUAUCUAAUCGUGUACCCACCCGUACGUGAUAAAUAUUGAACGGCAGCAGUGAGAUCGGCUCAGAAUCAGUCACGGACUCGCAAUUAAUUCUUGUUCAACGAGAGUAAUGAUAGUGAACAUAUUACUGUCAAACCAACAGGUUUCGAGCAGCUAAAUUGAUAACCUGAGUGUCGAUCGAAUUACACGUGUAAACAACAUUAAAUUUUCAUCGUCGCGAUGAAGCUACUUCUAACGAUUCUAUCAACGAUACUGAUAUGCAGUCAGUUUACAAACUCGCUGAGAAUUCUUGCUGUAUUUCCGCUGAAUGGGAGAAGCCAUUGGAUUAUGGCCGAGUCAGUGCUAACCAGUUUGGCUAAACGAGGUCACAAGGUAGAUGCCAUCACCCACUUCCCGUUAAAGGAUCCACCACCAAAUUACAGAGAUAUAUCUUUGGAAGGAAGCACACAAACGAUGGUUAACUAUAUGAAAGCAAGCAACAUUUCGAAGAUAAACGCACAGGAUUUUAAAUUUCUCACUGAUAUAACUGGUCAUAAGAUUUGUCAAUUGAUGGAGUUUCCAACGUUAAAGGAAGUGAUCGAUAAUCCACCUAAAGAUCCACCGUAUGAUCUUGUUAUUGUUGAGGUAUUUAUGAUGCCGUGUUACCUGGCAUUUGGUCGUCACCUAAACGUUCCCAUGGUCGCUAUGAUGACUGCAAAUUUCCAAGAGUGGUUCAGCGACAUCAUAGGAACUCCGCAUAAUCCCGCUUAUAUGCCGUCCUUAUUCUCAUCCUACGAUCAACGGAUGACCUUCUGGGAGAGGCUGAUGAAUACCUUCCAAACGAACAUGGUCUCGUUGCAACUGAACUACUACCUGAGCGAGCAGGAAGUAUAUCUGAAGAAAUAUUUCGGCCUGAAUGCCACAAUCGCGGAGUUGUACGGUGACAUAUCUAUUAUGCUGAUAAAUUCCCAUCAUAGUUUGAACGGAAUCAGCCCAAAGAUUCCGUCCCUCAUCGACAUUGGUGGUGUGCACGUUAAAAAUGACUCGACACCUUUACCAUCGGAUCUACAAAAAUGGUUGGACGAAAGCACCCACGGGUGCAUAUUUUUCACGUUCGGAUCGAUGGUGAGGAUCGAGACAUUCCCUGACCCGUUGCUGCGAACAUUCUACAAAGUUUUCGAAAAACUUGCGCCAGUUCGUGUGCUAAUGAAGGUUGCGAAAAAAGAGGACCUACUUCCAGGACUACCAAAGAACGUGAUGAUUAAGUCUUGGUUCCCUCAAGUGCCCAUUCUCAAGCACAAGAACACGAAAGCGUUCCUCACUCAUGGCGGUCUAUUGGGAGCCCAAGAAGCCAUCUACUUUGGAAUUCCCUUGAUCGGAAUUCCACUUUUCGGCGAUCAACAUAAUAAUUUACAAAUUGUAGCUAAGAAACAUAUCGGCGUCACUCUUGGCUCGGUAGAGAACGUCAACGAGGAAACGUUGAGCAAUGCGAUCAACACGAUUUUGUAUAACGAUACUUAUCGAACAAACAUGAAGAAACUAUCGCAGCUAUUCAAAGACAGACCGAUGAGCCCCGUAGACACCGCGAUUUUCUGGGUCGAAUACGUCGGACGACACGGGAACAUUUUGCAAUCACCCGUGCUUCAUCUUAAUUGGUGGCAACGAAACCUUUUGGACGUUUAUGGUUUCAUCCUUGCCUGUGUUGCAUUAAUACUUUACGUAGCGUUCGUUUUGAUACGAAAAUUAAAGAAUUGUCUACUAGGACAUACGCAUUGCCACAAGAAAGGUGGAAAAUCCUCGAACUCGAAGAAAAAUAAAUAAACCCUAAUUGAUGGGAUUUUUACUACAGAGACUUUUAUUAUUUGAAACGAUCAAAAUUAAAAUAAGGGAAAGUGCAUUCUGCGUCUUGAAUUUAGCGAAACAUUCUUCAUCGUUGUUACACUUUUGUACGAAGACAACUUUGUUCAAUAAACUUUCUUAAUAAAAGAGAAUUUCCAUUGUA